AUGAGGUGCAACGGCGAGGCGUCGGCGGGAGAGGGCAGCGGGAGCGGCGACCUUCGGAGGAGGAAAGGAGGCCAGGAUAUGGUGGGAUCCUCGUCGUCCUUCGCGGAGGGGACGCGGGAGUUCGUGCUGAGCACCAUGGACGAGAGGUUCUCCGGAUCGGUCGACGCCGACGGGUUCCCCUCCUCGCGCCGGGAAGUAUUCGGGCAUAGCAAAUCCACAACUGCAACUUUUCAUUCUUUUAAGGGGCGAGAGCAUCCAUUUGUAAGAUCCCACUCCGAUAGGUUGCUUAAGUGCGACCUCACGCUGGAUAUGCUAUCAGAAAAUGAGAAGAUGAAGAUAGUUGAGAAGUUGGUAAAGAUCCAGAAAGAUGGUACACUGGAGGUAGAUUUGACACGUAGUGCCCUUGUUGCCUCUGAACUCUCAGAGAUCGAUGCUUUUGCUUCUGUGCAACGUGAUGCUGAAGAAGUCACAUCUGGAUUGAGAAAGUCUGUGCCAAAGUUGAAGAUUGUUAUGCUUGUAGUUGGAACACGAGGGGAUGUUCAGCCAUUUAUUGCAUUAGCUAAACGACUUCAGGAAUUUGGUCACCAUGUUAGAUUGGCAUCUCAUGUCAACUUCCGUACUUUUGUGAAGUCAGCUGGUGUUGAUUUUUACCCAUUGGGUGGUGAUCCCCGUAUUAUGGCUCAGUACAUGACAAAAAACAAAGGAUUUUUAAUGCUUGCGCCCAAUGAGAUUUCUGUUCAAAGAAAGCAGGUCAAGGAAAUCAUUUUCUCUCUUCUACCUGCAUGCACAGAACCUGAUUUGGAUACUGGAACACCUUUCAGAGCUCAGGCAAUAAUAGCAAAUCCUCCUGCUUUAGGACAUCUGCAUAUUGCUGAGGCACUUGGGGUACCUCUACACAUCUUCUUUACUUUUCCAUGGACGCCAACAAAUGAGUUCCCUCAUCCACUGGCACGGACGCCUCAGAGCGCAACCUACAGGCUAUCUUAUCUUAUUGUGGAUCUAAUAAUCUGGUGGGGCACAAGAGGAUUCAUAAAUGAUUUCAGAAAGAAGUUAAACUUGGCCCCCAUAGCUUACUUCAGCACAUACCAUGGAUCCAUAUCACAUUUACCUACAGGAUACAUGUGGAGUCCUCACCUUAUGCCGAAGCCAAAGGACUGGGGCUCUCUAGUGGAUGUUGUAGGAUUCUGCUUCUUGAAUCUUGGCACAAAGUACCAACCACCACUACAGCUUUCACAGUGGUUACAACAAGGGCCUGAACCAAUAUACAUUGGUUUUGGUAGCAUGCCUCUUGAUGAUGAAAAAAAGGUCACUACUAUCAUAUUGGAUGCUCUAAGAGAAACAGGACAGAGAGGAAUCAUUAGCCGUGGUUGGGGAGAUCUUGGAAGUUUUUCAGAAGUUCCAGUUGACGUCUUCAUUGUGGAGGAUUGCCCCCAUGACUGGCUGUUUCCUCGCUGUACUGCAGUAGUCCAUCAUGGUGGAGCAGGUACCACAGCUGCAGGCCUGAUUGCUGGGUGUCCAACCACCAUAGUGCCCUUUUUUGGCGAUCAGUUCUUCUGGGGUGAGUUAAUUCAUGCACGUGGUGUGGGUCCUGCACCUAUUCGUGUAACAGAGCUUACUACGGAGGGCCUUUCAAAUGCAAUAAGAUUCAUGCUUGAUCCUGAGGUGAAAUCCCGAUCAAUGGAAUUGGCAAUAGCAAUAGGGAAUGAAGACGGUGUUGCGGCUGCUGUAGAUUCGUUUCACCAACAUCUGCCUUCAGAACUUCCACUUACUCCACCUGCCAUGCCUGUCGAGGAAGAAGGGCUGGACCUGUUUCAAAUGCUUUCUCGAUAUCUGGAGAAGUGUUGCCUCCCAUUCAAUUCUUAGUUGUUCAUAGUGUAGAUAUCAGUUCAAUUUAUUUAUUUAUUUGUGUGACUAGGGAACAGAAAUGGAUGUCUUGUAAAAGUUGGGGAAGUGAAAUAAACUCUGGUUCAUCACCCUGGGCCAAUCGCACACUUCCCCUUUUCCGGUGUUAAUAUCACAAAUAAGGGUGUGUUGUAGCUUCAUUGUACAUGGUCAGGGAAUUACCAUUGAAUUCAUAUUACAUUUGUUUUGCUGAUA